GGUUUGCAGUAGGGCAAACCGUAGUUAUCGCCGUGGACCGAGCAAGCCGGCCACGCGGCCGAGGCGGCGCAGCAACCAGCGGGGCUGUACGCACAGCCGCCCUGGCUGCCCCUUUCAGCAUGGGGCGAUCGCACGCGGGACCAAGGAGGUUGAGGGCACUCUUGUCUCCUGCUUGUUGGCACAAUAGCAACUCUUUGCCCUUGCGCUCUUUGAGGUUUUUUUUUUUGAGGUUUUCGUUUCAUCAUGGAGCUCUCACAGACUCAGCUGGCCGUCAUCAGGGAGGCAACGGCCUCCGCAGUUUCUGCUGCUUUAGCUCAGCUCGCGCCAACUUCGCAGGAGCAGCACACUGCAGCGGACCCCACACCAAGGGUGGAGGACCAGGCCGCGACGAGUGUUCAAGGAAAUGAGCGGGCGCUUCAGCUAACGCAAAAUGCCAAUAGUCUGGUAGCCCUGUCGGUGGCUCCGAGUACGCGCAAGACCUAUCAACCUGGCAUUAAGGCGUAUACCAAAUUCGCAUCUGCAGCGGGAUUUAAUCCACUACAUCCUGGCAAUGAAGACAUUGUCCGGUUCAUUACAUCACUGUCGCAGACCGUGUCAGCAGCAACUAUCAAGGUGUACCUGGCUGCAACAAGGUAUUACCUACUGUCUCAUGGCUCAUCCACAGAGAGACUGCGCUCCCAGCGCCUCACGGCCGUCCUGAAGGGCGUUGAGCGGAAGCAUUUCGACACACGUCAGGCAGCUCCACUGAGCCAAGCAAGCCGGCAACGCCCGGCGGUUAGCACAUCAGAUAUGCUGCGGCUUAAGGAACAUUUGAGCACAUCGACUCACCCCGCAGGGGAUAAGACCAUGAUUUGGGCCGCCGUAGCGACGGCGUUCAACGGCUUGCUACGCGUCAGCGAGUACGCCUCUACCUCAGCCUCCAGCACCCCAAGCGUCAGCACCUUGACAGUAGCUCAAGUCCGGGCCUCCGACACCAGAGUGGUGAUUGAGCUGGGCCCCACCAAGACAGCGCAGUUUGGCGGCGGCGGCACAAUACUACUACACCCGAACGCCAACAAGGAUCUGUGCCCAGUAACCGCCAUACAGGAUUACCGGCGCAAACGGAAAUGGCCGAAUGCGCGGGCCCCUUUCUUCAUCUACAACAGCGGCAGACAACUCAGCCAGAAGGACAUCAACUUCUACCUGAAGAGGGCAUUAGGACCCGGAGUUAGCAGUCACUCCCUGCGUAAAGGGGGUGCCACGGAGCUGGCUUCGCGCAGCGCCCCAGAGUGGCAGCUGCAGGCCGCCGGACGAUGGCGUAGCUCAGCGUACAAGCAGUACAUCCACACAACGGCGGGCUUGCCUUCUCUCUAGCAGGCGGGGUUGCGGGCCUUUCUACCCAAGCUGCCCUGGGCAGGGUACUUUUGGAGGAGCAGCAAUUACCUCGUGAUAUGCACAUUUGCCAAUGAUGUCUAUCCGCCUGUCACACGGUUGUGGCAGGCGUUAAAAUACAAGCGCCCAAACCCCAAACAGUACUGUGCCUGGAUAUGUGUGUGGCUCGGGAGAUGGGCGAUAAAUGUAGGUUUGCAGUAGGGCAAACCGUAGUUAUCGCCGUGGACCGAGCAAGCCGGCCACGCGGCCGAGGCGGCGCAGCAACCAGCGGGGCUGUACGCACAGCCGCCCUGGCUGCCCCUUUCAGCAUGGGGCGAUCGCACGCGGGACCAAGGAGGUUGAGGGCACUCUUGUCUCCUGCUUGUUGGCACAAUAGCAACUCUUUGCCCUUGCGCUCUUUGAGGUUUUUUUUUUUUUUGAGCAGCAAUUACCUCGUGAUAUGCACAUUUGCCAAUGAUGUCUAUCCGCCUGUCACACGGUUGUGGCAGGCGUUAAAAUACAAGCGC